UCAGUGGGACCAUAUAUUAGGGCACCAAAGCUUCACCGCCGGCUCCGCUUCAUCUUCAGGCCGUCUCUCUCGGCUUCAAAUUCACGCCGUCGCCGGCGACGGGCAGCGACGCCGACCUCCGGCGAAGCGGUGAACUCCACUCCGGCCGUCGAUUUCUCCUUCUCGCCGGGCUUCGAUGUGCAUUUCCUUUUCAACUCAGUUCAGUCGAUGUGAAGUAUACAUUUGGCUUUGGGUUGAUAGUGGAUGCAUUUUAGAUACUGCUUCGAUAAUUAUGUGGACAUAUGUGUUUAUUGGGGCAUUUGAUGUCUGCAUUAUGGUUGUAUGAGAACAUGGAACGAAGCAGUGCUGAUCCUGAGUGGAUGUUCUGACAGAGAUGCUGUAGAUGCCCAUGAUUGGGAGAUAUAAAGGGAGACUGUAUCAUGGCUUUAUUAAUUGCCCGUGGAGAUCCACUUUUAGCACCUUUGUUGUCCUCCCAUAUUUUCGUUCUCCAAUUCAUGGACAGUAUCCUUGACUGCAUCAAGUGCAAUGUUGCUGACAUCCUCUUCUCCAAAACCUAUAGUCAUCCUCACCCAAGAAUUUGUGAGCAAAAUGGCCUUGCUUUGCCUCUUGAAGAUGCUGUGGAAACUCUGCCAAACUGGAUCGCAAGAGAAGAUUGCUAUCCAGAAGAGGAUAACUUUAAAAACAAGAGGAACCCAAAGGAAGUAUACAAUGUUUUGGAUGGAUUGCUAAAGGGCAAUUUGGAGCGUCUAAAAUCAAUGAGGGAGAGCAUAGAUGUGGCAGGAAUGGUUGAUGGUGGGUACAAUUUAGUGGCUAAUUAUGAGGAUCAUGAAGGUAUAUUAAGGAAUUUGUGUUCAGAGGGUAAGCUGGGGGCUGCAUUAUGGUUGCGUGAGAAAAUGAUACAACUUGGUGCUGUUCCUGAUAUAGUUUCUCAUAAUUAUCUUUUAAGUGGAUUGUGUCGAAGUGGUAACUUAGAGAAGGCAGGUUUUCUUUUUGCGGAUAUGUUGAAAAUGGGACCUUUUCCCAAUUGUGUAUCCUUCAACAGUUACAUCAUGGGCUAUUGCCGUACUAAUAACAUGGACAAUGCUCUCUAUCUUUUGUCUUCUAUGGUGAGUUGUGGUGUUCAGCCGAAUCGUAUAACCUGUAACAUACUUGCGCAUGCUUUGUGCAAGAAGGGUCUUUUGGAGGAAGCUAGGAAGCUUCUUGGUCAGUUAGUUAGUGAGGAUAAUGACAAGGCAACCUCGGAUUUAAUUACAUCAACUAUACUGAUGGAUGGUUAUUUUAAGAAUGGUAAUGUGCUUGAAGCAGUUACUAUAUGGGACAAGAUAUCUCAGCAGAAUAAUAAGAUGGAUGUGAUUAGUUACAAUGCUUUUAUCCAUGGACUUCUUUCAAAUGGAGACAUGAGGAGUGCAAUUGGUGCAUUUUGUCAAAUGCUGAAAAAAGGUUUCCAUCCUGAUGUUUUUACUUACAAUAUUCUUUUAAGAGGAUUCUACGAGGAAGGAAAAUUGUGUGAGGCGUCCCAUGUCUACAGCAUUAUGUUAAUGAAGGGAGUUGCUCCGGAUCUGAUCACGUAUAAAAUAAUUAUUCGAGGCUUGUGUGCUCAUGGAGAUGUUGAGAAAGCAUAUGAGUUUCUUCAGCUUAUGUUAGAGGAGUCAAUGGUGCCUGAUCCAUCCAUAUGGAAUUGUGUAAUAUAUGGUUAUGGAAGAGGCGGUGAUCUUGGUAGAGCCCUAUUUGUUAGGGAUCAGAUGUUGGUGUCUGGCAUUGCGCCAAAUGUUUUUACUUAUAAUGCAUUAAUAGAUGCACGAGUAAAGAGGGAAAAUCUUUCUGAUGCUUACUUGCUCAAGCGAGAGAUGCAUCUAAAUGGGCUUUUUGCUGAUGUGGUUACUUACAAUUUGUUGAUUGGUGCUGCUUGUAACUUAGGCCAGAUGCGUUUUGCACUUUGGUUACACGAUGAAAUGCUGAGAAGGGGGUGUGAACCGGACAUUGUAACCUAUACUGAACUAAUCAGGGCUUACUGUGUGAGAGGUGACUUGAACAAGGCAGAAAGGCUUUUUGACAAGAUACAAAAAUCUGGAAUACCAAUCGAUCAUGUUCCCCUGAAGAUCCUUGUUAAUGGAUACUGCAAAAUGGGGAAGCUUAAUCUGGCUUUUAACCUCUAUAAGAAGUGGCUAUCAAAUUGGAACUAAUUUCCAUUUUAUGCUAGAGAAGUUGGGAUUCUUGUCAAAUGCAACUGCAAUUUCUCUUAGGCAUAGUUCAUGACAGUGGCUGUUUCCAUGUGUAGUGGCUGUGUAUUGCGCAGCAGCUUGAUCCAAGGAUUUUGGAUACCACGACGGAGCUCCAGAAGGGAUUUAACUGUCAGUGAAGAAGCAGUUACAAAAAAUAUCUAAAGGGGGUUCCCCCUUUAGUUUGUCCAUGCACAAUGUUAGCAUCAUGUUGAGGCAAACUUUCCACAGAAUAUCUUAUGCAACAUAUUAUUGGUAUGCUAUCUGGUUGGGUUGGCCUCUUGUUGAUAUGGAGCUUGCUGCGUAAGAAAUCACGAGUUACAGAAGAAAAUUGCCGAUUGAGCUAGUACUCUCAUUUAGAAGACAGCCUAUAAAAGUUUCAUACUGCAAGAACAAUAUAAUGUCGCAAGGAGAAUGCAUCUAGCUACAAGUUCACAUUUGUGGGAGCGGAGUGUCAUCCCAAAAUGACAAAAAGAAAAAGAAUUUGAUGAAACUGGGGGAGCCAAACAUUGAACUACAGUACAUGGCAAGUUGAUCUUUUGAUGUUACAUUCUUCUUUUCCAUUUGUCAUUGUGUGCAGUUCAGAGAAUAAAUAGACCAAGGAAUGUUGGUGUGGACGCUGAGUGAUGGCCUAGCUGCACAUAUUGUUGCAACGGACCUGCUUGUCAAGGUGGAUGCACAAGCUUUUGUUCAGGCUUCUAACAAUGAUGACUUAUUCUGGAGAUGAGCUUGUGCCGUCGGAGCCGCGAGGUGAAGAUGUGCGAGGACGUGCUGGCUAAACAAUGGAGAGAACAGAAGGAAGAGCUUGUUAUCCUUUGGACACUGCCGGACUUCGUUGAGGAGACCUAUUCCUCUGAUAAAUUUGAGUUACUCUCUCCACUCACAAUAACGAAGCCGGUCAUGGGUAUGAUUUGGAUCACUCGGUCUUGCAGGUGUUUUUCUUCUAGACUAACUAUUAGAGAGACUUCUACUGCUGUAUUAGAGACAACGAGCAAAAAGUAUUUGUAGCAGGGACUAUCAGACAGCUGUUGGCGGUUUGUAGUUCAUUACAGCUAUUAGAUGGAAUAGUUGAUCGAUAUACAUGAUGCAUUGGCAUUUGAUAUUA